CAUUUGAAACUGGAAGAUGAGAUAUGUGAAAAUAAAGAUCUCUUGAAAGAAGCUGCUGCUUCGAGGCAUCUGUGUAAUCUGCUCAAGGAAACCUACACUCGUUUCACAGAGAAGACCAGCAAAUAUGAACAGGAAAAGGAAGCAACAAUACAAUUGUAUGAGGAACUUCACAGCAACGUAGAAAGAAUGACAGUGGCAUUUGAAGAGCUUCGUGUGCAAGCAGAGAACGACAGACUGGAAAUGAGUUUCAAAUUAAAAGAAGAAGCAGAAAAAGUGGACAAGUUUGAGAAAGAAUGCAGACUGGAAGUCAGCCAAAAGGAAAAGCAGAUUUCAGCUCUUACCAUACAGAGAGAUGAAAAAGAUGAUGUCAUAAAAGACAUCAAGGCUCAGCUGCAGAUGUCACAAAAUAAGAUUGCUGACUUAAUGGAAGCAAAAUUACAUAAUGAAGAAAUGUUAAAGGAAUCCCAGGGCAGUAAAGAACAUUUGAGGGGGUUUAUUAGAAGUACUGAAAACAAGUUAAAGGCAAUAUGUAAAUAUUUACUAAUGUUUGUUAAUUUGGUACUUAGAAAUGAACUGGAGUCUUUGAAGGAGAAAAUGGCAAAGACAGGUGAAGAGAUGAAAAGCACACUGGAUGAAAGAGAAGAAAAUAUGAAUAAUCUGAAGAAACAGGUGGAAAAUAAAACCAAAUGCAUGGAAGAGUUGCAACAGGAGAAUAAGGUGCUGAAAAAGAAAAUUACUGCAGAAAGCAAGAAAAGCAACACUUAUGAAGGGAAGGUGAAUAAAUUGCAGUUAGAGAUGGAAAAUAUGAACAAGCAACAUAAGGAAGAAGUUGACAUCUAUAAAAAAGACAUAGAAACAAGAAAAGUAAAUGAAAAUAAACUUCGUGAAGAGGUAGAAAAGAUGAGGUUGCUUUGUGAUGAAACUGCAAUGAUACAGAGAGAAACUGAUGCCAGAUGUCAGCACAAGAUAACUGAGAUGAUGGCACUGAUGGAAAAGCACAAGAAUGAAUAUGAUAAAUUGGUUGAAGAAAAAGAUGCAGAGUUAAAAGUAUACAAAAUGAAACAGCAAAAGCAGAUAUCAUCAGAAAGGGCACUGGAAAAUGAGCUGUCGUGUUUGAAAAAGGAACUGUCCUCCCUUAAGGAACAACUGAAAGCAGAAAUGGAAGAAAAGGAGAAUCUCGUAAAAGAGCACUCUGGCAGUAUGAUUUCUGAAAGUGAAAAGAAACACAAGACAUGUGUUAUAAAGACUCCUCCAAGGGAUAAAAUGCAGAGUGGAAGAAGCACAAACCUGCCUGCAGAGCAGAGCAGCAGGAAAAAGCAGAAAGUGCUUGUGCAGCUGGACACUCAGUCAGACAGCUCUGAGCACACUGACCUCCUGAGCAUAGUCUCAGAAGAAGAAAUGUUUAAAAAUUUGUACAAAGAUUAUCCACAAGCUUCACAAUUACAUUCCACAGCACCAAAAAAGAGCCCAGCUCCAUGCAGCGUGAAAUCUCCAGGCUCUGCUCUGAAACUCAAAACCAUGAGGAGAAUGCGCGAGGCGGGCUGGACUGCACUCUCCAAAAUGGACAGGAAAAGGAAAAUUAUAGAUGCUGUAAAGCUCUUUGCUUAAAAUGCAGAAAUAUCCAGUGCCCUGGCAUUGCUUGCAGGGCUGUUUUUCUCUCAGAGUUAGUGCUUUGUUGCAUUUUUCUGUCAUACUCAGUGUGUUUAAUACUAUGUUCAUUCCUUUACACAAAUAAACUUUAGAGAUCCAUAACUGCAACCCCUGCAGAGCUUUUUCCACCUUUCCUCCCUUGUGCUUCAAAAUGUUGGGAAAAAAAUUGGCCAGUUUUAAAUUUGGAAAUAAAUAGAACUACAUAGAAAGUUGUUUCAAAGCUGUUUCUAGCAUUAGAAAUUCUAGUUUUAAAUAACUUCUGUUCUUUUACAUUUACUCUGUUUCUCUUAACACAUAAAUACUUAGUGGAGAAAAUGUAGCUGUUAAAUGAAUGUUCUUUUACUGAAGUCCUCUUGCUUUUUCCUGCAUUUUAAUGGCUGUUCGACCAGUCUUUUAGAUUGUUUUAUUUUCAGUAUGUUAAAAUGGUUUUGAAACUUCUACAAUUUCAGUAGAAUUACUUGUAUUUAAAAAGAUUUCAGCUUCAUAAGGAGUAAAAUAUGCAUGUUACAAGAUUGUGAAGACAAUGU